GUGUCUCAGUGCAAAGAAGGAAAGGAGCAGAGUACCCAUGCUGAUGCUAGAGCUCACACUGAAAUACUGAAACAAGGCAUUGUUCCCGCACAGCAAGGACUUAGCAUUCUACCUCAGUGUUCAGACAACGAGCUGCUAAUCCUCAAGAGGUUACGCUGCACUUCAAAUAAUUUCAGAAAAGCCGUUGGAAUUUGAGAGCCGAUUACUCAUUUUUACACGUUGCAAGAACAAGACGACUUUCAGUCUUUUGGAUUUUUGAGCUUUUUAACAAUUUCCUGGGACACUUUGCAUUGAUGCCAUCAUAUGUUAGCUAUUUGAAGGUGCUACACUUGUAAAUUUUUUACAAAUUUAAUGUAAUGAGAGACGACUAAUUCAACGGGUGCUGGAACAACAAACUUGUUUUUACACAUAACAUUGUUCUAAAACAAGCUGGGAAGCAAUAAAAUAAUUCAGUGCCAUUAACGGUAAGUCACACUGUGACUUGGCUUGCAAAAAAAUAUGCCGUUUGGUGACCUCCUUGAACAGGUGGGCAGUUCAGGACGCUUCCAGGUCAUGCAUGUGACUCUCCUCUGCAUACCUGUCCUGAUGAUGGCCAGUCACAACCUGCUGCAGAACUUUGUGGCUGCUGUGCCUCCUCACCACUGCAGCGCUCACUCAAAUCUCUCUCAGACCCAGCUGAGCCAAGAGGAAAGAUUGCUGAUCACUGUACCUCUAGACCAAACAGGGAAACCACACAAGUGCCAGCGUUAUGCUACUCCACAGUGGCACCUCCUGGACAAGAAUGGGACGUCCAAUUCACUGGCAGAGGGAGAUAGCUUGGACCUGCAGGGAUGUACAGAUGGAUGGUCCUAUAACAUGACUGAGAUGAGCUCCACAAUCAUAUCUGACUGGCAUUUGGUGUGUGACAUGCGCUCGUUGAAGCAAAUGGGGCAAACCAUUUACAUGGGAGGUGUGCUUGUGGGAGCCGUUGUCUUUGGUGGCCUUUCAGACAGAUAUGGUCGACGGAUACUCCUGCUCAUUUCUAACCUGCUGAUGGCUGUGUCAGGAACCUGUGCUGCUUUCUCGACCUCCUUCCCCCUCUUCUGCCUGUUCCGCUUUGGUUGUGGCAUGGCUUUGUCUGGCUUGGGACUCAACACCUUCUCACUCAUUGUAGAGUGGAUCCCCACUCGUGUGCGAACUGUGGUGGGGACAAUAACAGGCUACUGUUACACAGUGGGACAGCUAAUCCUCGCAGUCAUAGCAUACUUCAUUCGGGACUGGAGGUGGUUGACUCUGGCAGUGUCUUUGCCCUUCUAUGUCUUUUUCCUUUAUUCAUGGUGGUUUCAUGAAUCUUCAAGAUGGUUAGCCCUAAAUAAUAAAUCUGACCAAGCUGUCAAGACGCUCAAAAGUGUGGCUAAAUUUAACAAACGACACGAAGAGGGAGAAAAAAUUGACAUUCAAAUGCUACAGGAGUCCAUGAAGAAAGAGAUGUCCUGUACGCAGGGCUCCUACUCUGCCCUGGAUCUGUUCCGCACAACCAGAAUGAGGAUUAUGACACUCAGCCUCAGUGCUGUCUGGUUAUCAACCAGCUUUGCCUACUAUGGUCUUUCUAUGGAUCUGCAAAAGUUUGGGGUUGACAUCUACUUAAUACAAGUGAUUUUUGGAGCAGUUGACAUCCCUGCUAAAGUGGUUGUAACCAUAUCCAUGAGCUUCAUUGGACGCAGACCAUCACAGUGUGGUGCUCUCAUUGUCGCUGGAGUCACUAUUCUAAUCAAUGUGCUGGUACCUUAUGAUAAACAAACAAUACGGACCUGUCUGGCAGUAGUGGGUAAAGGUUGUCUUGCUGCAUCCUUUAAUUGCUGCUACCUUUACUCUGGAGAACUGUUCCCAACCAUCAUCCGUCAGAGUGGCAUGGGAUGGGUGUCAAUGAUGGCUCGUAUUGGGGCUAUGAUAGCCCCUAUGGUGCUCCUUGUGGGGGACUACAUACCUUGGCUACCAGGUUUAAUCUAUGGAGGAGCUCCAAUCCUCAGCGGGGUGGCGGCCAUAUUUCUUCCAGAAACUCUUGGCUCACCGCUUCCUGACACAGUACAAGAUGUGGAGGAAAGGGGAUCUGGAAAACGCUCUAAAAUGUCACCAAAUGAAGCCACAAUCUUGCAAGAUACCCAAGCAAAUGACAUAAAACCGGCUGCCUGAGGGCAUUUGUAUUGUUUUCUUAAUAUUUGUACUGACAAGUUAAUGAAAGUAGAGAGGCUACUGCUUAUUUGAUUUCAGAGAUUAUAAACAGUAUAUCUGGUCUCAUGUCUCAAGCUGAAGAAAUGGAGUUGAAUUGUUAUUUUCUAGACAGGUCAACAGAAUGAAAUGAAUGUUGCACACAAUCAGACCUAGGUUUACUUCAGAUACAGUAGCUUUAACCAUUUCAGCCUUUGUGACCAUUAAGUUUUAUAUUUGAAAUAUUUGUAUAGAAUAAUUCCUAUAUUUAAGCCUUAGCUUUGUGUUUUUAUGACAUCUUAUAGCUAUAUGCAACCAUUUGUAAAGAAAUAUAUUUUCAAUAAAAUCAACACUCAUUCUUGUUCCUA